AAAAAUAUUUGACUGAGCGAACCUGUCAUACAGUGACGGGCCGGCCACAGCCCCGGGAGACACCUGUCUACCCUCUUCUACACCUGUCUACACCCGUCUACACGUGUCUAUACUUGUCUACGCCACCACCUCUGUCGUCCACACCUGCCUACACCUGAGACAUGACACUCCAGGCAAUAAAAUGGCAGGAUAAGAAGCUACUGGUCCUUGAUCAGCUGCUGCUGCCCAUGGAGUCCAAGUACAUCACCGUCACCAGUGUUGACGAGGGCUGGCAGGUCAUCAACAAGAUGCAGGUCCGAGGAGCUCCUGCAAUUGCAAUCGUAGGUUGCCUGAGUCUUGCUACUGAAUUAAUCAAUUCAUCAUUCACUGAUAAAGAGGAAGUGUUUAAAGCCAUAUCUGAAAAGCUGGAGUAUCUAGUAACAGCACGACCCACUGCAGUUAACAUGAAGAAAGCUGCUGAUGAACUGACAGCUAUCAGCAAAAAAUUAUGUGAAGAUAGUAUUACUGUUGCAGAUAUGAUCGAACUGGUAACUAAUUGGUGCCAGAAGAUGUUAGAAGAUGAUGUAAACACCAACAAAAAGAUUGGUUGGUUUGGUGCCGACUCCAUAUUAAAGGCUGCUGGAGACAAGAAUGUACAGCUUCUCACCCACUGCAACACUGGCUCGCUGGCCACUGCUGGCUACGGCACGGCGCUUGGGGUUAUUCGCUCCAUUCAUGAGCAGGGACGCUUGGAACAGGCUUACUGCACAGAGACCCGACCAUACAACCAGGGGGCACGCCUCACUGCCUACGAGCUGGUGUUUGAGAAGAUGCCGGCUACUUUGAUCUGUGAUAGUAUGGCAGCGGCCUUGAUGAACUGUCGCAACAUUAAUGCUGUUGUCGUUGGAGCUGAUAGAGUUACUAGGAAUGGCGAUACUGCUAACAAGAUAGGUACAUAUCAGUUAGCCGUCACUGCGAAGUGUCACAAUGUUCCUUUUUACGUGUGUGCACCUACUACAUCUAUUGACCUAAGCUUAGAUGAAGGCAAGGAAAUUCCUAUUGAAGAGCGACCACAUGACGAAAUGACAGAUAUUGCCGGAAUUCGGAUUGCUUCACCAGGUAUAUCAUGUUGGAAUCCAGCCUUUGAUGUCACACCUGCAGAGUUGAUCACUGGCGGCAUUGUCACGGAACUAGGAGUCUUCAAACCUGCAGAGCUGCAAAACAAGUUGAGAGCUCAAUAAUUUUAUAUGAAAGUCGUGUUUCAGUGGGUGUCAAAACUAGCAAAUUCAUCAGAAAUUGUAGUUCCUGUAAGCUAAGAAGAAACUAAUCCCAGUAUUCUGGCAUGACUUGUUGUAACAUGUAGAGUCUUGCUAUUGAAAUAUGUCAAUAAUUUAGCGUAUUAGCUCAAACAUGGAGUAAGUUAAUAGUGCUAGAGAAUAAGGUGAAUGAUUUGUCUAUAUUGUACAUAAAAGAAAGCAUAUGUACAGAUUUUAAAAUUCAUAAUAAGCCUCGUGUACUGUAGUGCCAACAUACAAAAAAAAUUGCCAUUACAAUGAUUAGAUUUAAUAAAGUUUUAAUUAUA